AUGGAGUCGGCAUACAAGAAGGUCAAGGCAAAAGCACUGGUGGUGCAAAAUGCAAGAAAUACUCAGAAGCAUAUACUGGCUGACACAAUUGAAAAGGAAGAAUUAUGUCCGUAUAUGACUGAAAUUUGGAAGAGCCAAGAUGCUGUUGUGAAAGCACUGCAGAGAGUAGAAGCAAAGUCAAAGAAGCAAGAGUCAUCAUCAUCUAGUGAAAGUGAUGGUGAAUGUGGUGUGACUGCAGAUGAAAUGGAAGAAGCAGUAAGGGUUGUGAAAAGGAAAAGAGACAUUUAUGACUUUGACGACCGAGUUGGAUUAAAAUCGGACUAUAUUGCUUACGACAGAAUGAACUCAAUUCUGGACAGCGAUGAUUACGUGCCAGACUUACCUCUUGAUCGGACGUCAAUGGAUACACAGUUUAAUCCUUACGACUUCAACAUCUUUUCAGACCAUGCAAUUCUGGAAUUUAAGGUCGUAAUAAACUGUAAAAGCACAGAAAAUGAUAAAGGGAAUUCAUUUCAAUAUACAAAAUGGUUCGCUAAUAAACGAGAUGAAUUCAGACGAAGGCUGAUAACAAGAUUGCCAGAAUUAAACCUUUUGUUGAGUGAUUCGGAGGCUGUUGCUACCGAUAGAAAUACAGUCGAUAGCACGGGUAACAGAUCUGUAGGGAUAAUAAAUGAAGAAGCCAAACCUUUGUUCUAUAAGGAAGUUAGGUCAAAUAACGUUAAAGUUCAAUUUGACAAUAAUGAUAUAUUGAAACGUUCCGAGCGGUUUGAUGAAACCUGUCGUGUAAAAAAGAAUGAGUAUUUGGAAGCUCUACGAUUGUUCAACGAUGUGAAAACUGAUGAAAAUCGAUAUCAAUUAAUGAUUAAAAAGAAACAGUAUAAAGCCUGUAUAAAAGACAAACGCAGAAAACAUAAAAUUGUAAGAAUGAGGGAAAUUGAGGCACUUAAGUCGAAAAAAACACGAGACUUUUGGAAAUUUUUCUCAAAGAAAAAUAAUAAACGAGGAGAUAAUAUCUCAUUGAAUGAUUUCUAUGAAUAUUUUAAUAAUUUAUCUGAUGAGAUUAACGUUACAACUGAUGGCGAAAGUGAAGAUUUUUGUCGAAAUGGUAUUUCAGUCGAUGAUCCCGUCUUUGCAGAGCUAGAUUCUGUCAUUACUAUGGAGGAAGUUCGGCAAGCUAUUAAGUCUUUAAAGCGAGGUAAAGCAGGCGGAAAUGACGGCAUGAUUAACGAAUACUUUAUUGAGACAGGCGAUAUAAUCGGUUCACAUUUGAGAGAUCUGUUUAAUAUUGUUUUGUCCUCUGGCCAUUUCCCUUCAGCAUGGAUGGAAGGAUUAAUUAUACCGGUUUUUAAAAAAGGCGACGACAGCAAUGUACAGAAUUAUCGAGGAAUAACGUUAGUCAGUUCUAUCUCAAAAAUGUUUACCUCAAUUUUAAAUAAGAGGAUGUCAGACUGGAGUAGGGAAAAUAAUAUAAUAUCAGAUUCUCAGUUUGGUUUUAAGAAAGGAUUAUCGACUACAGAUGCAAUAUUUUGCUUACACAGUGUAAUAAGUCACAUGUUAAAUAACGGAAAACGCUUUUACUCUACCUUUAUUGACAUGCGUAAAUGCUUUGAUAGCGUGUACAGAAACGCACUAUGGUUUAAGAUGUCCAAAUUGGGUGUUGGUGGUAAAAUGCUGACAAUAAUCAGAUCAAUGUAUGAACACGUGAAAUGUAGAAUACGCCAUGGUAAGGAAUUUUCAGACUUUAUAGAAAUCGCAGUAGGUUUAAAACAGGGUGAAAUAUGUUCCCCUCUGUUGUGGUCAAUGUUCAUUGAGGACUUGGAAUUAUACCUGGGAACAAGACCUGGUAGUGGCUUAAAUUUUGAUGAUUUAACGUUAAUAUUAUUCUUAUAUGCCGAUGACAUGGUGUUGUUCUCAGAUACAGUACAGGGAUUACAGCAAAGUCUAGAAGAUUUACACGUGUACUGCGACCGUUGGGGUCUUUCUGUUAAUAUAGACAAAACUAAAGUUAUGGUCUUCAGGAAACGUGGUCCGGUGAGAGAAAAUGAAAAGUGGACAUACAAUGGUUCACAGCUGGAAGUAGUCAAUAAUUUUAAUUAUCUGGGAGUAGUAUUUGACUCUCAUGGCAAGUUUAGCUUUAAUAUACAAAUGCUAGUUGGUAACAAGUUAGAUGCAGGUGUUAGAUAUAUAGGUGAAGCUAAAUGA